AUAAUUGUGAAAGAGGCAACAAACGGCAGCAGAAGCAAAAAUUUCAUUGCAAAAUAAAAUAUAUAGAGUCCGACAAAGCGACUUAUAAUAUAAAGAUAUUUCGCGACGUGCUGAUCUAUAAAAAUCACAAAUUUAAGUUACUCCCGCACACACACACACACACAAUGGCUAGUACACAGAUGUCAGUACAAAAAUCGAAAUACCACGACCACAAUGGCGAGCCAGGCUGCCAAGGUCUGGAGGAAGUGAAUCGAAUGUUCCGCAAUUUCUGGGAUCCGACGGCCUAUUGGGUAUGCGACAAGCAGGGCACGCGGGCGCGUCUCCAGCGCUGUCCACAAUCGCAGUUAUAUAGCGAGGAGCUGGGACGCUGUGUGCACUACACAGAAUGGAACUGGACGGACUUCAAGGAACCACCAAGCCGGCCCAAGUGUUAAAUCCAUCCACUGUGACUCAAAGUCACUCACUCACUCACUCCCUUUAUAUAAGUUUAACCUAAUGUGUAAUCUCUAAGUCAUUCUUGCAUUGAUAUGCAGUUUAGUCAUAAACAAGCGUUCUUCAUAAAAGUUACGUUAUUAUUUUUACAAAAAUUAA